AGAAGGGAUGCGUUAAGAAAGGGUAAGUGGCAAUCUCAUUAUAAAAUAGUUAUUUGCAGACUGCAAAAAAUAUUUUGAAACUUGUACAGAAAAAGGUAAGACAUUAGCCAUUAUAUUCAUAUAUUUUUGCCCUUUCUUAAAGAACAAUUGAAGUUUUUAAAUUUGAGAUCUAAUCCUGACAAGCCAAAGUAAAUGGGACGUGCCCCCAUCAUUAAAAAUUAUAAUAGUGGCUAAAUUUCAUAAUGUCUAGUGUUUCUUGUCUUUGUGACACUUCAUGAUUUUUAGAUGAUGAUAUUUGUAUUCUAUGCCCAAAAUUACAUAGUGUCAUUUGCUUUUAAAGUUAAAGUACUAUAGUAUUUUGAGGUUUCUCAUGAGAAAAUUUAAAUAUUUCUGUAUUUGUAUUUGAAACCAACAUUCACUUUGAUGCAGGUAGCGACAGAGGUACCAAGUGACUCAUCUUUUAAUUUAAAUCUGUAAUUGCUAGAUGGACAGAGGCUAUGCUGUAGCUUUGAAAUUUGACAUAGACGCAUUGAGGGAUUCGAACUCGCGCAGCUCAUUGCGUUUGGUUAGUAGUAGGCUAAACCAGUAAGCCACCAUGCUGCUUAAAUCUGCUAAAUCAUAGUGAAAUGUUGAAAUUUUAAAGCUGUUAUACAUUUAAUUUUUAGACAUAGUGUAUUUUUGUGGGAUCCAGACAACAUAUCAGUUCAGGUCUUCUCAAAGCAGCCACUAUGCAACCCAAAUUAGUGGGAGCAAUUCAGCUUUAAUAUUUUCAAAAUGGUGGCACUUUCAGUUAUAACACAUACCAACUUGCUUAUUUUAAAUGGGGCACCCUGAAUAUUAUUCAAUUCUUGGAUUCUAAGAAUCAUGAACUUCAUCCUAUACUUAAGCUAACAGUUUUUGAAAAAUCUUUAAUUUUGGGUCAGAGUAUUCAAACGCAGCCUGAUAAAUAAUCAUCAGUUUAUCCUGUAAUUGUAUAGUUGUCAUGCGAAUUGUAACAGCUUUCUUGUAGGAUGAGCUAGAAUAAAUUGAAGUGUCACCAUUUUGAAAAUAUUUUAGCCAAAUUUUUCCCAUUUAUUUUACGAAAAUCGCAACUUUUCGUAGUUUCCAAGUAGUCAAUCUCUACAAUUCUUUGUGAGUCACCUUGUAUGCACUCACCAAUGUUUUGAACUGUUAAGUUUUGCAAUAUAAUUAGAUGGAGAAAAAUUCACAUUUUCUAUUUCCUAAUCUAAUUUUUAAUUAAACUGUUUUUACUAUUAAACAAUCGAUUUCUGUUUCCGUUCUGUAUGGCACGCGAAAUGGCUGCAAGAGAUAACACUGAUAGGACAAAUUACGCAACAAGUUGUUGAGGCGGCAUUGAAAUAACGAGAAUAAUAAGCGAGCGGAGUUUGUUAUAAUAAUUUAACAAUUUCAUAUUUUAAAACAUGUGUUUGUGAUGUAUGAUGUGUUCCAUUGGUCUGUUUUUCCGAUAAUCCUUGAUGCGUCUGUAAUUCGGGAGCUGCGACUAAAUGUUCAAGGUUCCUUUCCAUGCCAAGAAGAAUAAACAAACCUUGAAAAUGGUUUGGUGUUUUUCAUGCUUAGAUAAUUUAGUCUCCGGCUACCGGCGUCCCACUCCUCCCUCGUUGCAUACUCCACAAUAAACUUGUGGUUGAAGCGAUAUUUAGGGGUAAUACGAUCACUGAAGGACGGGAUCCUCCCUUUGCAAUUCGACUAAGAUGGCAGUUUGCCCCUUGACAGGAUUCAAGAAAGCCCAGCUGCCCUGACUCCACAGUCGAUGAGCUACUGCUCUCGCUUCACCGCGGAUCACCAGAUCCAACGGUGGGAGAUCCAACAGAGCUUCCAUUGCACUCAAUGGCGUUGUUCGCACUGCGCUUGUAAUACUAAUACAGGCCAAACGCUGAAUUUUAUUGGGUUUGGCCUUAGUUGUCUCAGUUCUUAUGCAAGGCCACCAGACCAGGGAGCCGUACAAGAGAGGUGGACGUACUAUCAUCGUAUCUUUGUGUACUACUUGGAUGAAUUUAUAAAUCUCAAUGUUUACAUGUUUUUAAAAUCCGCGGGUCUCUCCGGUGCUACUCUAAAAAGGUUAAUUCGAAAAUGCAUUAAUAAAUAUUUGUGUAUAAGGAAUAAAAAACACCGAGUUCGGGUUAAUGUCUACAUUUGUACGAACACAAGGUUAAACAAUGCAGUUUCUUUUAUGGUCUUGGGGAGCAAGGUGCGCCUGCUUAUCUCAGUCCAACUGAGAUGAAAAAUUACGAUGAACUGUACAAAGUAAAUGGAUUUAAUGCCGCACUUAGUGAUAAGAUAGCUUUAGAUAGAGCAGUACCUGAUAUUAGGCAUCGUGGGUGCAAAACUAAAAAGUAUUUAAAAAAUUUGCCAUCUGUAAGUGUGAUAGUUCCAUUCCAUAAUGAGCAUUGGACGACGCUGUUGAGAACAGUUGUCAGUGUAAUCAACAGGUCACCACCUCAAAUAUUGAAGGAAAUAAUACUAGUUGAUGAUGCUAGUACCAAACCUUUCAGUAGAAAACCUUUAGAUGAUUACCUAGCCGCCAACCUAACGAAGAGUAGGGUGAUACAUUUGCCUGAAAGAAGUGGCCUAAUACGAGCUAGGCUCGCAGGUGCUAGAGAGGCUACGUCUGAUGUACUAAUUUUCCUUGAUUCUCAUACAGAAGCCAACAUUAACUGGCUUCCACCGCUUUUGGAACCUAUAGCUCAAGAUUACAAGACUUGCGUUUGCCCAUUUAUUGACGUGAUACAAUUUGAAACUUUCCAAUAUAGAUCUCAAGAUGAGGGUGCUAGAGGAGCUUUUGAUUGGGAGUUUUUCUAUAAAAGACUGCCGCUUCUUGCCGAAGAUUUAAAACAUCCCACUGAACCGUUCAAGAGUCCGAUUAUGGCAGGAGGUUUGUUCGCCAUAAGUCGUAAAUUUUUUUGGGAGUUAGGAGGUUACGACGAAGGUCUAGACAUUUGGGGUGGGGAGCAGUACGAACUGAGCUUCAAGAUUUGGCAGUGCGGUGGUCAGAUGGUUGACGCACCCUGUUCGAGAGUGGGGCAUAUCUACAGAAAGUUCUCUCCAUUCCCGAAUCCCGGGAAAGGAGAUUUCGUCGGCAGAAAUUACAGAAGGGUAGCCGAGGUCUGGAUGGACGAAUACGCCCAGUACCUUUACAAGCGUCGGCCCCACUACAAACAGAUUGAUCCUGGGGAUUUGACCGAGCAAAAAGCGCUCAGAGAGAGGCUCAAGUGCAAACCGUUUAAGUGGUUCAUGGAACAUAUCGCUUUCGACCUUCCUCUCAAGUAUCCCCCGAUAGAGCCCGGCGAUUUCGGGACUGGCGAGAUCAGGAACUUGGGUGCUCCCGAGUUUUGCGUGGACGCGAUGUUCAAAGGCAAAGACCAAGUGGUGGGCAUAGCCGAAUGCGUAUCAGAUACAAAGAAGGUGGGCGAGCAAAACUUUUCUCUUACGUGGCAUAAGGACAUCAGACCGAAAGGGAAGUCGAUGUGCUUGGAUGUGUCCGAUCCUAACGAUAAGGCUGACGUGGUGCUCUUCCCCUGCCAUGGCAUGAAGGGAAAUCAGUAUUGGAAGUACGACGUGGAGAAACAAUGGUUCGUCCAUGGAGGCAACAUGAGAUGCCUAGAUUGCGACCCUGGGCAGAAAAGAUUGUAUGUGAGGGCGUGUGAUAUGGAUUCGAAAACGCAAAAGUGGAGGUUGGAAAAUGUGAAUUUAACCAUGAUAUCCAAUUGGGAUAAUAUUGGAGUCGCUUAAAUUUGUAUAUGGGUGCAAACUUCAUUUUAUUUAUACAUGUUUUAUAGUAUUUUUUAAGGAUUUGUAACGCAUUAUAAAUGCUUUUUGUUACUUAAAAAGUAAUAUCAGCAUAUCAAUGGCUGUCAUGAGUCUGACAUAUCGAUUUUAUACUGUAUGAGUAUCCAAAAAUAUACAAGUGUUAUUCAAUUAAAA